GAGAGGAGGCGCGCAGCUUGGAGAAAUCGCGAAGUGUGUGUAUUGUGAGAUUUUCGCGAUUUGGGGGAGGCACGGUUGGUAUAUCAGCCUGUGAAAACACGCCACUCCGGUUGGCGUUUUUCGUAAAAUAAGUAAACACGCCACUCUGGUUGGCGUGUUUUGCUAAAAAGUAAACACGCCGCUCACGUUGGCGUUUUUUGCGAAUUAGUAACCACGCUACUCGUGUUUUCGUGUUUGAGCGUUUUCGUCUUUGCUUAAACACGCCAAUCUGUUCGGCGUUUCUACCACCAUACACGCUAACUACAAAGGCGUUUUUUUUAGUAAUACACGCCAACCAAGUUGGCGUUUUUUAACGUAAUUUCAAUUGGAGAGAAUAUGCCCAAAAUACGCCACAAGUAUAAAACGCCACCUACAUUGGCGUUUUUACGAGUAAACACGCCAUUUAUAUUGGCGUUUUUACUUAAAGACACACCAAUUCCAUUGGCGUUUUUUCCAUAUGUGGAAUAGAUAACAAAAUGUGUACUAAUGUUAAAGGCAAACUGCCCCAGAAACCCGAUUUUCCCCGAUUUCUCCGGCUUUUUAUCGAUCGCUGCAUCCAUACGAAGUCAGGCCGGAAAAACAAGCCGGAAAAUAUCGGAGACGGCGGAGAAGAAGUAAAAUUACGGCUGUAUAAGAGCAGAGGCCUGCAUCUUCUGACUAAUCCCCGAGUGCUGGACUCGAUCGUUCGAGUUUCCGACAUUAAAUCCGACGAUACCGUGCUUGAAAUCGGGCCAGGCACCAGGAAUCUCACGCUCAAGCUGCUCGAGGCUUCCAACAAUAUCUUCGCGAUCGAGAUCGAUAAUCGGAUGGUCGAUAGUUUGCGGAAUCGCGUUGCCGCCGCAGGGGUCCUGGAACGCCUGAACAUCAUCAAUGGCGAUGAAUUGAAGACUGAGUUUCCCCAAUCCAAUCUAGUUGUGGCCAACAUACCUUACAACAUAUCCUCUCCUCUGCUGGCCAAGCUGGUAUACGGGGCAGCUGCGAAUUCGUUCAGAAGCGCAACUCUGCUGCUCCAAAAAGAGUUUGCGCAGAGGCUACUAGCAAAGCCAGGCGAUUCCGAGUACAACAGGCUGGCCAUAAACAUGAAUCUCAUGGCAGAUGUGGAGUUUGUUAUGGACGUGAGCAAGAGGGACUUCGUGCCAUGCCCGAAGGUGGAUUCCUCCGUCGUGAAACUCUAUCCCAAAACAGAGAUCCCAGAUGUGAAUCUUGAAGAGUGGUGGGCGUUCACGAGAACUUGCUUCAACAACAAGAACAAAACGCUAGGUGCAACAUUCAAGCAGAAGAGGAAACUGAUGGAGCUGAUGAAAUUCAGCAGAGUUGAAGGGUUUUGUCAAGAUAGCAAUGAUCUUGAGGAGUGUGAAAGUGGCUCUCAGCUGGGACUGGGGGUGGGAAACAUGAUCAGCUCGUUUAGGGCGAGAGUCGCGGGGGUUUUGGAGUCAGGUGGUUAUGUCGAUAAGAGGCCAGCGAAACUGUCUCACGACGAUCUUCUGCAUCUGUUGUCUCUGUUUAAUGACGUCGGGAUCUAUUUUCGUGAUCAAGCCAAAGGCUCUGAUAGCUGCAGUGUUGCUGAAUUAGAUUUUGAUGAUGGUUUGUUGUAGCAUACUAGCAUUUGGUGGUUUCUGAGUAAGAAAAUAGUAUUCAAUUGA